AUGUCCAUUGUUGAUAACCUGAAAUAUCUCGUUUACGUCGAGCCCAAUGAUGAUCCCCAGAAUAUCAGCUACUCGGAAUUGUCGAACCUAAUGUGUCCGGAUGAUAGGAUUCCAGUCUAUCUGCUCAACUCCCUUUAUCUCGCUCCGAUCACGCUAUGGGUAUAUUUCAAAUAUGGCCGGCCAAGGAAACCUGCUUCCGACUCGAAAACAGAGAGCAAACACAGUCAUUGCCACAACGAUGACAACAGCCAGAAUGGCCAUGAGGAUCAUGAAGGGAAACAUGCUGAAAUGGGACACUCAUCGCGACCAAUGUUCGCAACCCUGACGGUGGCCGCAUGCCAUUGUGGAGCGGGUUGUCUCCUAGGAGACAUUGUUGGUGAAUGGCUCGUGUACGGGACAGAUGCAAGAAUCAAUGGCAAGUUGCUAUGGGUCGAAUAUUUGGUCGACUACGGCUUUGCCCUACUUUUUGGAAUCAUUUUCCAGUACUUUUCUAUUGCCCCAAUGUCAAACGACUAUGGGCCGAGAACUAUAUGGCGGGCGUUGAAAGCCGAUAUUCUAUCCCUGACCGCGUUCCAGGUCGGGCUGUACGGUUGGAUGGCAAUAUACCAGAUUGCGAUAUGGAAUUAUAGACUCAGGAUGAACAACGUUGUGUACUGGUGGAUGAUGCAGGUCGGGAUGUUUGCAGGCCACUGGACGUCGGCUCCUAUGAAUUGGCUUUUGAUUCGAUACAGAGUGAAGGAGCCGUGUGCAUGA